AUGGCGGGGCUGGGGAAGCAGCACUGGCGGUGGCAGUUGUGGUGGAAACGCCGGCGGUUGGCGGGCGUCAAAAUCAUAAUUACUGGAGCUCCAUCCGGAGGUCAAAGCGGACCUGCCGCUGGCGGCCCAUCUCGAGGAGCAUCCUUCUCUGGAUCUGGUUCAAAUAGCGGUUUCUUCUGCGGAUCAACAGGCGGCGGUCCCUCUGCCGGUGGAUCUACAGGCGGUCUUGCUCCUUUCGGUCCAAUCGGCGGUCCAGUUUCCGGAGGUUCAUCAGGAGGAGGAUUUUUCUCAGGAUCAGCUUCAGGCGGCGGAUUCUUUAGCGGCGGUUGUGGUACUUCCGGUCAGGGUCCUUUUACAGGCGGUCCCUCUGCCGGUGGAUCCGCUGGUUUUGGAGGAGCGUUUGGCGGCGGCUUCAGCAUUUCAGGCGGCGGUUCUGGCGGAGCUGGACGCGGAGGAAUCGGUAAAAAAUACUAG